AUGGAUCUAGUGACUCAAUCAGUUGCUAACAAUGCAGCUAAUGGUUGUUUCAUGAAUAAAUCUUACCGACAAGUGACCAACAUACUUGACAGGCUGACCACUCACAAUCAGGCUUGGCAUUCAAGCAAUGCUGACAUUGUGCCUUACGGUAGUGCCAUGAUCCAGAUUAUGGUAAAGGAGAAUCUAGAUACCCAGCAAACAUUGGCUGAGCUUGCAACAAAUAUUUCCUUGCUAACAAAGAAGUUUGAUGAAACCCAGAUUAAGAAGGUGAAUGUUUGUGAGGAUGAUCCAGGGGGUUAUCAAAGACAGAACUACCAAGGUGGUUACCAGAAUCAGAAUCAAUGGAGACUUCAGCAAGGUCAAGGUGCUUAUAACAACAACAACUCAGGGAACUACAAUAAUAAUUAUGGUGGUGGGAACCAAGGGAGCUACAACAACAACAACAAUUUUGGGAACAAGAGUUCCAAUCCUUAUAUACCAGCAAAAGGGCAGUCAACAGAGCAAGGUAGUUCGAGGGUUGAAGCAAUGCUUAAGAAGGUUCUGGUAAACCAAUCAAAGUCUGAGAGGACUUUAUGCGGGUUGAGACGGGUGGGUUCCCAUACAACGGCUAUUCGAAGCUCGAGUCACGGAUGCGGGAUAUUUCUGAAAGCGAAGACACCCUCAAAAAAGGGAGGACUUCCGAGUGACACUGUUCCAAAUCCAAAGAACAGGGGAGGCGAUGUAGACUGUGUGUUUGCCAUUAGUACUAGAAGUGGUAAAAUACUCCAAGGUACUGAUAAGAAGGUUGUUGAUUUUGAGCCGAUAGAUGAAGAGGAAGAGGUGCAGUCUGAAACACCAAUUAUUGUUGAUGAGAAUCCUACUGACAAGAAGGUUGCUGAUAUUCCAAAGAUUAUGAAGGAGGCUGAUGACACGAGCAAGCAGACUGUGAAAGGGGCUUUCCACCCUUUGACACAGCUUUGCAAGUCUAAACCUCCCUUUCCUCAGAGGUUGGUAAAGAAGAAGGAAGAUGCUAAGUUUGAGAAAUUUUAUGAUCAGUUGAAGCAGUUAUCUAUAAAUUUUCCCUUCUUAGAAGAUUUCAAGGAGAUGCUCGAUUUUGCUAAAUAUUUGAAGGACCUGCUGACUAAGAAGAAAACGGUACAACAUGAAACCGUGAGUUUGACCGACACUGUGAGUUCCAUUAUUUCAAUAACUACUAUUCAGAAAAAGGGAGAUCCUGGGGCGUUCACCAUUCCUUGUUUGGGGAUGCCAAGGCCGACUACUAUGAGGUUACAGAUGGCUGAUAGGUCUAUUAAAAGGCCUGUUAGCGUGGUUGAUGAUGUUCUUGUACGGGUUGGUAAAUUUAUGUUGCCCGCUGAUUUUGUGAUUCUUGACUGUGCUGUUGAUGGGUACAUUCUUAUUAUUCUGAGGAGACCCUUCCUUGCUACAGGGAGAGCUCUGAUGGAUUUAGAGAAAAAUGAAAUCAAGUUCUGA